UCGGCCAUCAUACAGAGGCUGCAUUUGGAGUGAUAAACUUAAAUCAAUCAGAGCAGAUAAAUUAGAAAAAUGUUAGCAAGACCCCUAUUGCCACAAAAUCCAAAACAGGCCCCUUCACAUUCUGAAUUUGUGAUUAGUGACCGUGGUUAUGGCAAAGAUUUUGUAAAAUUAUUGCAUGUUAAACGAGAUGGAGAAACACAUCAUAUUAGAGAAUUUGAAGUUGGAACUCAUUUGAAACUUGCUUCGGAUGUAGAUUACCUAAAGGGAGACAAUGUCGAUAUAGUAGCCACAGACUCCCAAAAAAAUACAGUGUAUCUUUUGGCUAACCAACAUGGUGUGAAUACCCCUGAAGAAUUUGGCCUUUUGUUAUGCAGGCACUUUUUGCACACCUACCCCCAUGUUCUAGAAUGCAGUGCCACUGUAGAGAUGUACCCUUGGGAAAGAAUAAAGGGUAGUGGACAACCAGAAAGACAGCACAAACAUGCUUUUAUUUUUAACCCGUCGGCGGUCAGACAUUGUGUGGUCACACAGAAAAAAUACGAAACUCCGGUCGUUCGAAGUUGUUUGAAGGAUCUUCGUGUUCUCAAAACAACGCAAUCAGCAUUCACUGGGUUCGUCAAUGACGAUUACAGGUCUCUGCCAGACGCCUACGACAGAAUAUUUAGUACAAUAGUCACAGCCGCUUGGGAGUACAAGACUUUAGACGGAUUAGAUUUCGAUAAGGCCUGGGAUAUUGUAAAAGAUUCAAUUAUCAGAAAUUUUGCAGGCUGCCCAGACAAAGGUAUAUUUUCACCUUCAGUUCAAAAGACCUUGUAUUUGGCAGAAAAAGAAUCAUUGGAACGCGUACCGCAAAUGAGUACCAUUGAGAUGACCAUGCCAAACAAACAUUACUUCACCUUCGACUUUUCCAAAUUCCCAAGAAGUGUCGUGCCAAGAGAUAACAAAGAAGUCUUCAUGCCGGUGGAUAAACCAUCUGGAACUAUUUACGCACAACUUUCCAGGAAAGACGUCAUGAGCAAACUAUGAAGUAACAACCGAAGUCAAAUAAUGCAUAUCGUUUGAGAAAUUUUUAAAAUA